AUGGCACCUGAAGCCCCCCAACCUUUCCCCGUCGCAACAAACCGCGAUGCAAUCGCAAACACUCUUUCACUGCUCCUCGCCUCCAGGACGUCCAUAGGAAAAUCGAUGCCCCUUACUCGUGAUUUACCGCGCAAGCAACGCACUCUACCAGACAACAACGAUGAGGAUCUCGCUCGCGGCGCACGACCAAACGAAGGAUUAGGCUAUGUUCCAGAGAAGAAAGACGUUCAAAAGUUUGCAAACUCAAAAGAGGAGAGAAUGCUAAGGGGCAGGUUGAACAAAGAUGCCAAGGGCAAUCUGAAGAAGAAGGCUGAGGAGAGCGAGAGCGAAGAUGAAGCUGGACGAAGUGCGCUAGGCAAAAGAAAGAGGCCCCGGAAGGAGAAGGAGAAGGAGGUUGAACCGGAGCCGGAGGCUGGCGAUCAGACUUCUCCUGUUACACCUGAGAAUAAGGAGACGAACGAAAACGGGGGAGAGGUCGAGGUGGAUGCGGAUGCGGAUAUGAAAGACGCUGUAACACAGGAUGAACCUAUUUUGGGCGGUGGGCAGACAGAAAAGAAGCGGAAGAAGAAGAGCAAGAACAAGAAAAACAAGAAACAAAAGACCGCACCUGGGGUAACAGGGGGAGAGGCAUAG